AUGCCAUACACCAUAGGUGAACGAAGAAUAAAAGUGUCUCCAGACUUGGCUGAGGAAGACCAGAUUUUGCUUCUUCAGAACUCAAAGAUUUUCAAGUAUUGCUUAAAUAAUGCCGUUCUCAAGUAUCUCAUCAAUUUGAAAACCGUUGUGCAUUUGUAUUCUGAUGUAUUAACGAUAUAUUCAACGUUGCUCAAAAAGAUUCCUCAGUAUGAAGACAUAACGAACAUGACCAAUGAUUGCAAGAAUAAUAUUCUACAGUUGGAAAGCGAUUUCAACGACAUAUUUGGUAAGGAUACCUUACAAGAGUCAGAUUUUGAUAAUGACGGUGUUAAUUCAUCAACGUCGAUAAACUUUAGACAAAUCGAGUUUCAAUCAUACGAACAGAAUAUAAGGCCAUCUGUAAAAUUAAUUUUACAAUCAACUUUGUCGACAUUCGAGUUCGUCAAUAAAACGCUUCACUGCAUCGAAGUCUUUUUCACGUCGUUCAGUAAUUUAAAGAAGUUGUUGGUUCCAUUUUUGAAGUUGCAAACAAGUUCAAUACUACGGUCACUUAGGUCUGCCGAAGAGUUAUUUCAAAAGUCCUUGAUUGUCGACAAUAUACCACAUAGUUUUGACCCUCUUGUAUGGCAGCAGUUGAUGGAUAUUGAGAGGAUAACUAGCAAUAUUGAGCGAGAAUCUGUGACACUAAAUACAGCAUUCUGCACAUUCGAAGCUUCCCUAGUUCACUAUACAAAUUUACUAUUAGGAAAAGCUAUCCUUAAACGUACCAUUGAAGAGAGAGACUGCUAUUUAAUCAGAAGAAGAGAGGUUUGCUACCAGGCCUCAGAGCAUGUGGUUAGUAUUCCACUCACAGAGGAGAAGACAUCCAACGAUAAUCCCAUGAUGUCCUUUGGAACAGCCUUGACUUAUAUUGUGAUGUUUUUGGUCGGUUUAGUUGCCUUAGUUUUAUAUAGAUUAAUCAGAGUCAUAACAGGAAGCUAG